UUUCGGUUUCAGUCGAGCUCCAGCAUCAGCCACGGACGGACACGCGGUCGUAACGAAGCGGUAGUGGUGUUGUGAUUUGAUACCGAAUUUACUGUACUAUCUCAGUGUGUGCGUGCGUAACCGAUUUGUGAUUCCAAAAGAAGAAGAAAAAAGCCGCUUUGUGCAACCUGUUUCUCGGUCGCCGUGAGACAGCCGUUCGGGACUUCCUUAUCGAGGGAAAAGGAAGAAACGGGAGAAGCUCGUCCAGGCGGAGAAGGUCAGCAGGACGUGUUAGACGAACCAUGUACGCGUUUCGCGUGCUGAUCCUGUCGCUCGUUUCCAUCGGUGUACACUCCAGCUAUGCCCUGCCACCGUCCACAUUCGGUGAAGCCUUGGCCAGCGCUGGCCAAUUAUCGAACAAAUUGAAGGAAACGGCAGCAUGGAAAACGUUCACCGGCAUUGCACGUGACUCCGACUCGAUCAACUCCCUCGUUCGGAUCAUACCGCGAACGACGAUGGGCUUCGUGCGAGAUGUGGUGAGUUCGUUCAAGCGCGAGUCCCGUGCCAUCAUCCUCACGCGGAACGGCGCCCUGGAGGGACGGCUGCAGCAGGUGAAGGGUGGCGGUUCCGGUUCGUUCUAUGCAUUCAAAGGCAUCCGGUACGGGCAGCCCCCGGUUGGUGAGCUACGGUUCCGGGCCCCACUGCCCGAGGAACCGUGGAAAGGUGUGCGCAGUGCAACGCGCGAAGGUUCCGUCUGUCCGCAUCGCAACAUGAUUCUGGACAACUUCAAGGGUAACGAGGACUGUUUGUUUCUGAACGUGUACUCACCGGAGCUGCCCGUUGGCGAGGACAAUCCGCUGCUGCCGGUUAUGGUGUGGAUCCAUGGCGGAGCUUUCUCGUUCGGUUCCGGUAAUGCGUUUCUGUACGGUCCGGACUAUCUUGUGCCGAACGGUGUUGUGCUGGUGACGUUCAACUAUCGGCUCGGUCCGCUCGGAUUUCUGAGCGUUGGUCGGGAUGCACCGGGCAAUGCUGGCAUCAAGGAUCAGGUGUUGGCGCUACGCUGGGUACAGGAAAACAUUGCCGCAUUCGGGGGUAAUCCGGAGGAUGUGACCAUCUUCGGACAAUCGGCCGGAUCCGUUUCGGUACAGCUGCUCACACUGUCCCCACUGUCCAAGGGCCUGUUCCACAAAGCAAUUGCCCAGAGCGGUUCAGUGCUUAACCCGUGGGCGAUCGCCCGUAACACCAAAGAUCGUGCCUUUAAGCUCGCCCACAUGUUGGGCAUUCGGACGAACGAUACCGGCGAGCUGCUGGACGCGCUGCGUCGUACGAGCCCUCAGAAGAUAGUGGACGCAGCCCUCAAAACGCUUACCGCAGAAGAUGUGCGUAAAAGCAUCGGACUACCGUUUGUGCCUUCGCUAGAAGAUUGGACCGGUGAGGAUGCGUCGAACGAGGAACCACUUAUCGCCGAGGAACCGUUGGAAUUGCUGAAGAGUGGCCGGUACCACCAUGUGCCGGUGAUUGUCGGCUUCAACUCACACGAAGCGAUGCUGUUUAUGCGACGAUUACGCAAGGAUCCAAACUUGCUGCAAACGAUCGACGGAGACUUUGAGCGGUUGAUACCGCUAAACCUGAAGGUGAAUCGGGAGUCGGACGAGGGCAGACAGUUUGCGGCCCGAAUGAAACGAUUCUACAUGGGCGAUAAACACGUCUCGAACGAAACCAUUCAGGAGAUGAUGAACCUCAUGUCGGAUGUAAUGUUCCUGCACGGCAUCUCCGACUACGCCCGAUUGCACGCGUCCCACAACGGGCUCAACUCGACCUGGGUCUAUCGGUUCGCGUACGACGGUGCGCUCGGGAUCUACAAGCGGAUACUGGGCAUUGACUGGCCCGGUGCAUGCCAUGGCGACGAGCUGGGAUAUCUGUUCCACUUUGGCGUGCUAAACCUGCGGCUAGACAACACCUCGCCCGAGCUGCAAGUGAUGCACAAGAUGACCCGCAUGUGGACCAACUUUGCCAAGUACGGCAAUCCCACACCGUUCGGAGAAGAUGAACUGCUGCUCAGCAUCAGCUGGCCGUCGGUAAUACCGAAAACGAUGACCGAACUACCGUACCUGGACAUUACCGGUGCGCUCGAGACCCGGUCAAAUCCCGAAGCUGAGCGGUUACAGUUCUGGGACGAAGCCUUCACCAAGUACAAUGGCAAUUUGUUGUAAUACAACGAAAUAGUACAACAGGACGGAGUUUGCGAUGGGUUGGUGCUCCGUCUCCCAACAGCCAAAAACUGCUUUUGGAGCCGGUUUAGCUUUAGUAAAUGUUGUAAGCCAUAGAGCAGAAUUGUGUUGGUAGUAGGAUUGUUUUAUUCCUAACUGAAGAAGGGACAACUAGAAGAUAUACGAAAGGUCUUGUAUGCAGAAUGACGCAGUCACGCACACACACACGCACUGUGGGUUUUAUUUAGUACAUUUUCUAACGAUUUUGAACGAUUAGAUUAGGAAUUGUUGAUGCUAUUUGCUUUUACCGUGUUGUUGGAUGUAGUAGAUGUUUUUUUUUUGUUUUCCUCCCCACUAGGAAGUAAGUAAGGUAGCGUAGGUAUACAAAAUAGAUCAAUUUUGGACCAAUCUUUAUCUGAGGACUGAAAGUUAAAAUGAAUGACUUUAUCAACAAAUAAACUAGUACGAAAAUUCGAAAA